GUUCUCUUCUCAUUACUGCUCAUUCUCUCCAUGAGCUGUCAGAUACUAAUCCACAUACACACACGGAGCCCCUGCGUGUCGGAGCAAAGCCCCGCUCCCUCUAGCCUGUCCUCUGCUGCGGAGCCGCAGCUACUCUGGUUUUGCGGGCUGCGCGGAGCCUCGUCGUGACAAAGAGUUUUGGGGGAAUCGUUUGGAAGGAGGAGUGAGCCGCGCAGGAAGAAGGUGGUGUCGUGCUAUUACAUGCGAGGACUCCAACAUACGGCUGAAUGCAUGAGGCUGUGAAAGAGAGUACAGAAGGGAGGGAUCUCAAGGCUUUCCAUCGUAGAGAGAGGAUACAAUCUGUGACUUGUCCCCUACUAUUUUGCAGCUAUGUUGGAGCCCACAAAUGUUCUUCAGCCUUGCAAGGAAAAUGGGUUCUCUUUUUACAUCUCUUUGCUCUGUAGUUGGGUAUGGGCCAGAGCAACAUAAAGCCUUCCUGGCCCUGAAAGAGACCCCUGGGGCUGUUCUUUGGAGGUAUUUGUGAUAACUCUGCUGGAUCUUCUGCUGUCACCAUCCUCUGUGGUUUUCAUUAGUGGCUAAUGAGCUGCUGCUUGAAAGGAAAGGGAGAAUGCGCCUGUGGAGAGAGGCAGGACCUUACAGCUGUUAUUAAGAGACCAAGAAAUCUCAGACAAGGAUGUCUUUGCCCUUCCAAAACAACAACAAAAAAUUGAACCCUUUAAAAGGAGCUUUGGAAGCAUGGACUUAUUCUAAGAUUGGAUGUUGCUUUGACGUGUCUCUCUUUUCUGGUCUUAAUUAUUAAUACUUUGUUUUUGUGUUUGAAAUAUAUCUGUUGACAAUUAUGCAAUUGAGAUCAGAGACAAAAUAUUCUAUCAAGAUAAUUCAAUCAAUGAACGUGUGCUGAAAAACCUUAACAAGAGGACCUUUUAUGAAACUGUUAAACAUUCAGCAGUUGUAAAUUUUAUUAUCUUUACCCAUCAUAUGUCUUGAAAAGAAUUGACCAGCAUGGCAGCAGCCUAUCGUGUAGUUGUAAGCAGUGUCAGCUGCUACAACAGUGUGGUGGUAGACCGACGUGUUCAAUGCCAAGCUGUGCACUACUGUGCAGGGCCAUGUGGGGCACAGUCUAAAGGUUUGGACUGUACCGUUGCACAUCGAGGCACAUGCUCUGAGCUCCUAGUUGCCCCUGAAUCUACAUACAAUGAUUUCAACGGCUCACCAACACACACCCAUACCAUAAUUUCUCAGCAUCUUCCUAACCAUGGUAAACUUUGUAUUUCUAUGGAUCCCAUUCAAAAUGGAGGUUUGGAGAGGGCAGACAGCAGUGGCAAUUUGUCUUUAGGGGAGGACAGCCCCACAUGGCGGGGUAAAAAGACUUCUACUACUGGAGGAUCUAUUGGGAAUCUAAGUUGCUCUGGCAGCCUGAAGGAUAUCACUGAAGAGGCUAUUAACCUGGCCAGCGGCAAGCUCAAAGAGUUCUCUUUUGACAAGCUCCGCCUGUCCUCCUCUAGUCAUGUUACUCUCCGCAAAGGUCGUAAAGUGCGCCCUGACUCUUUUAGUCGUCGCUCAACUGACCUGGAAAUAAUCUAUGGCCACUUUAGCUCGAGUCUAACAACAAGCACAACAACUAAUACUAUGACAAAUGGCAUAGUUACUUCCAAUGACGAGAAUGUGCCACCAUUUGUUUUAGGGAAAGGGAAUGGAGUGGAUGGAGCAAAGCUAAAGGGUAGCUCUGGUGCUCUUUCAGCCACCACAAAAAUUGGUAGUGGGUCCACCAGCAGCCUUUCAAGUAUUGGGACACUCGACCAGAGUCUAAACACCGUGGCGUCCCUGUACCGCACUACCUUUGGAGAGGAGAACCUUAUUGCCCGACUUCUAGAAAAGACAAGGGCAGAGGCUGGAAGCGGAGGAGCAGGUGGUGAAGACAUCCGUGCUUGCCUUGACAUCCUGCUUAAAUGCUCUGAGGAUUUAAAGAAAUGCACUGACAUUAUCAAGCAAUGCAUAAGGUGCAAAGCAGGUGGAGGGCCAGAGGAUGGAGGUACAAAUCCUGACAGCAUUUAUCGGGCAGUGAUGACCCGACUUAGCUCUUAUCUCAAGAGGCUUCCUUUGGAGCUGGAAGGAGUUGGAAAUUUAGGAGGAACGGGUCACGGCAGUCAAGGUGCACCUGGAAGUGGACACAGUGACCUGGCUGAAUUGAUUAACACUAUUCACUCUAUACAGCAAGGACCUUUUUCUCCGAUCUUUGGCAAUGAGCAACCUCCUCGCUAUGAAGAUGUGGUGCAGUCGCCUCCCAUCUCCAAGACUCAUUUACACUCCACAUCUUCUACUCCUUCCUCCGUCACAACUUCAUCCACAUUAUUAAGAUCGGAUUCUCUUCAUACCAAAUCAGUCCAGAGUUCAGUCUCUCAAAAGGGUAUAUCAUAUAGUAAUGGACUACAGCCCACACAUGCUUCUUUGAACACCCAACACACUCUGUCUCCCCCACCUGUUAUAUGUUCGACCUCCAGUUCGUCUCCAAAACACUCAACCACCCCUCCAAGAAACUCUCCAACACCAUCAUACACACACACUCCCUCAAUAUCGCCUAUGGAAGCUCUAUAUAUUGAGGAGGAAGAGGGAGAAGUCGCAAAGACUACGGAUCAAAUCUCACGGCUGACACACACUCCAACCAGAGUGAUUAACAAUACCCAUAACAAUAUUGUAAGUGUUAUGGGAACACAACCACACCUUUCCCAAUCCAACACAAUUAAUAACUCGUCAAAUUACUUGCCAGGCAGCUCUGGCUACAUUCCCACUUGGCCAUCCUCCUCCUCAACAGUGUCAACAGCCAAAGGUGCUUCGCACAGAAAUGAUGACAUUGAUAAACUUCUAAUGGACUUGGAGAAUCUCUCUCAGAGUAUGAGCCACCCAAAAACCAUAGAACCUCCACUUCCAGCUAAGACCAGGAAGAGAGCAGGAGCACAAGGGAUUGUCUCCAAUGAGUCUUUCACUCAAGCCAGAAUACCCCAGUACCAAGUACAAAAACCAGCCAACCACCUUGGCGUGAAUGGUGUUAAUUACAGGGUAACCCAGAGUCCCACUCCUCCUCAGGAAGUAAACAAUGAAACUGGGACUGGAGAGGAAGAGGAUGGAGUACUUUUGUUAAGAAUUCUUGAAAGCAUCGAGAGUUUUGCUCAAGAGCUUGUUGAUUCAGGUGCUGGGAGUACAGGUAGUGCUGAGAGAAAAUCUGGAAAGGAGAGGGAGGUGAUGAGGCUCCUGCAGGACACACUGGUCACAGCCAGUAGGGCUGAUAGCCCAAACAGCACAACCCCAGCAGUAGUUUCCACUGCCCCCUCAAUGCACACAGUUGAAGUUCAACAUGUAGCUUCAAACCACUCCCAGGAAAAUGCAUCUACAGUGUCACCUAAACCAGCAUCUGAUGCUGACCAUAAUGCUACAAUUGAAUCAGAACCUAAACCUUUAACAGAUGCUGCUACAGAACAUUUGUCUGACCUUGUGCCUGACGGAACUGCUCAAGCUCCUAAAGUUGAAUUUCAUCCAGAAUCCCCUGCUGACUCUGGAUGUGCAAACCCUGAAAUGUCUACUGUUUUAGAUGAGUCUGUACCUCCAUCCUCUCUAGAAGCAUCAUCUCCUGUUACCCUCUCAGUCACAGAAGAUAUUGUCAUAGCUGAUGGUGAUCCAUGUGAUUUAAGAGAAGCUGGUUCUACCCUCCUCAUUCAGCAGACUCCAGAGGUCAUCAAGCUCCAGCCCAGACCAGAAAAGAAGCCAGGAACACCUCCUCCUGCACCCCCCACCAUCGCAGCCUCUCCACCCCCGGCACCGCGCUCGCCAAGCCCUCCUCCUGCCCCCGUUAUCGUCGCACACCCCCCUCCUGCCGUUAACAUUCCCAGGUUCUACUACCCCCGUGGGCUCCCUGCCCUUGGCCAGGCUGCCAACCACGAUGCGACCAUUGCUGCCAUAGAGACGGCCUUCGCAGAGUUCGAGGAGGAGAAGGCUAACAUUUAUGAAAUGGGGAGGAUUGCAAAGGUGUGUGGGUGUCCACUUUACUGGAAAGCUCCCAUGUUCUAUGCUGCUGGUGGUGAGAGGAAAGGCUGUGUUUCAGUUCAUUCAUUUGUUGCAACAUGGAGGAAGUUGUUGCACAGUUUUCAUGAUGAUUCAUCCAGGUUUAUUUACCUGUUAGCUAAACCCGGGCUUAACUCUUUGGAACAGGAAGACUUCAUUCCUCUACUCCAGGACAUUGUGGACACACAUCCAGGGCUCACGUUUUUGAAGGAUGCACCUGAAUUCCAUUCACGCUACAUUACAACGGUGAUCCAGCGGAUAUUUUAUGUGGUGAACCGCUCCUGGACGGGCCGCAUCACUAUGACUGAGCUGCGCAGGAGUAACUUUCUGCAGACCCUAGCCCUCCUGGAAGAAGAGGACGACAUCAACCAGAUCACAGACUACUUCUCCUACGAACACUUCUAUGUCAUCUACUGCAAGUUCUGGGAGCUGGACACUGACCAUGACCUCUACAUUGAUCCCAAGGACCUGGCAAGAUACAACGACCACACAUCUUCAAACAGAAUCAUCGACAGGUUGUUUUCCGGUGCUGUUACCAGGGGCAACGCUGUGCAGAUAGAAGGCAGGAUGAGCUAUGCGGAGUUUGUCUGGUUCCUCUUGUCUGAGGAAGACAAGAAAAAUCCAACCAGUAUAGAGUACUGGUUUCGCUGCAUGGAUGUUGAUGGUGAUGGUGUCCUGUCUAUGUUCGAGUUGGAAUACUUUUAUGAAGAGCAGUGUGAGAGGAUGGAGAGAAUGGGCAUCGAACCCCUGCCAUUCCAGGAUUUGCUCUGCCAGAUGCUUGACUUGGUCAAGCCUGAGAAUCCAGGUAAGAUAACCCUAAGUGAUCUGAAGCGCUGCAGGAUGGCUCACAUAUUCUUCGACACCUUCUUUAAUCUGGAAAAGUACCUGGACCACGAGCAAAGAGAUCCAUUUGCAGUGCAAAAGGACUUUGACAGUGAAGGUCCAGAGCCGUCUGACUGGGAUAAAUAUGCUGCAGAAGAGUAUGAGAUAUUGGUUGCAGAGGAGACUGCAAACGAACAGCUCCAUGAUGGGACAUUUGAUGAGGACUAUGAAUCUGAAGAGCUUCAAAUACCAGGAGAGAUUGGAAAUAAAAUGGAGAAACUGGUCAUAUCCGACUUGUCGGAAUAAAUCUCCUAACAUUGAAUUGCUAGAUGUUCAGUGUGAGGAUGACACAUAGGAUCCACACGACAAAGGACUUCCUGGCAUGCAUAUUGAAGAAGGUGUGGCUGCAGAGACCCCCCCUAAGGAUGGGGUUUAUAAGUGUGUUGUGUUUUCACAUUUCUGUUUUAUUGUGUAAGAGAUGCAGUUAUGCAUUUACACACAAAGACUUUACAAUAUUGCUGCUCUUUGAGCAUUUGAGAAGAAGAAAGAUAGAGAUAGUGGAGAAAAAGCUGUUGAGAAUAUGGGGAAAAAACUUCUUAACUUUAAAAUUUUUAUCUUUCUCUUGUGAAUUCUCAACUGACAAUCAUGCCAAAAGACAAUCUUUUCUUCUUUUUUAAUUAAGUUUUUAACAUUGCUGUGCCAAAGGUAGACUGACACAGAGUUCUUUGAAUUUAUAAAUACCACUGCCACUGGGGAUUGGCAGUCCUCCCUGUGCUUUCCUGUGACGUACCCGCAGACCCAGCCCUCAGGAACAUGCUGCGCAUACACUUAUACGCUUGUCACUGCAUUUCGGGUAAAGGAAGUUGUUAACACCAAGGUCUCCUCAGGGAGAGGUCAUGUAACAGUUCGUGGCAUUUACAUCAGCACCUCCUCUCUGUGGCCAGAAUGGGAUACUGCAUGCUUGUCUCUGUGACUGCAUGUUGCAGGAUCGCUUGCUUAUGCUUCCUUUGUGGAAGUCCAGUCUUCUCACUGCCUGAGCUGCACAUCGGUGCCAUCCUUCCCCCCAGAGUCCCUCCUCCAUUUAAAGUCAUAGACUGUAGCGUUUAAGCCCUGCAUCUUAUUUGACGCUGAGGAAAGACGCACAUUAAAGGAAGCAUGCUACCAGUCAUAUCAAACUCUCUGGUAGGGUUGUCUGAACAUUUCCACAUGUAACCUCUGUGAUAUUGCAAACAGGUGUGUUUUAGUUUAGGAUCUGCGUCCCUCCUGCUGCUCCUGUUUGGCAUUUUUUUCUUUAAUUUAACACUUUUUUUUAUCUCUUAAUGAGAUAGAUCUACCAGCAAAACCAACUGUCUCCUGUCGUCAUAGAGAGGUACAGUUCUUUAUUAUUAGUCUAUGUGAAAAUGGGGUGAAGUGUAAAAAGAUUUUUUUAUUUCAUCCACCACGUUGAGCCAUGUUCAACAUGUUUGUAAAACAUAUUUUGUCCAGAUGUUAUCAUUCACAUGUAGAGGUAAAUGUAACUGAACUUCAUGAUGUCUCACACAAACAUUCACACAUAUUAGAACCUACUGAAAGAGGCCUCAUGCUUAUUUUGCAUCUGAAAUUAUUAAGUUAUUUCAUGCUAAACAUGCUGUCCUUUUUAUUUAAUUUUGGCCUCGACCUUUCUGCAGUGAAAGUCUACACUAUUUCGUUAGUUACACAUGAUGUAUGCAGUCGAUCACAUUUUUUUCUGACACCUUGUCCAAGCCAUCCAAAAAAAAAAAAAGCCACAGAUAUCUACUGAACUGUCGCCCACCAAACCUGUAGGGGGAGCUUUACAUAUAGCCCCUGGUUAUGGAGUAAGGACAAGAAUGCUAGCUAGAAAGAGCUUAUAGAUGGGGCUUCAUAGGCUUUUAAUUUCAGCUCUGCAGGAGUUUAGCCUAGUCUCCUUAUUGGUUCAGCUUUUAAUACAGCAAAUAAUUGUCCAAAUGUGUGAAUUGGGGAAAUUUUUUAUCCUUCGUGCCAGCUGCUAGCAUGUUCUUGUGCUAAAUAAUAAUUUGCCCCUUAUUCUUUCAUUUCCAACUUUGACUUCCCCCUCUGGAAGAUAGGAAAAAUCCAGAGAAAAGCUGCACCUUCUUAUAAGCCGCAUGGUUAAAAGCAUGGGAAAAAGUAGUGGCCUGAAGAUAUGGUAGUUGAAACCUGAAGCUAACAGUCUCUGACAGAAAACGGGACAAACCUGGAUUUAGAAAUUCAUAAGAAAAAAUUAAUCCUAAAAAACUACUUUACUAUUUUUUUUUUAUUUUUUUUUUUACUUUUUUCUAUAUUAUUCUCAUGGAAAAUGGAGGUUAGAGGGAGUACAACACCAAUCAUGUUCCUGAGUGAAACAAAUAAUAACAAUAACACAACCAGUCAAAGUAGUUGACAGAUAUAGGAAUAAAGCAGUAAAAAAAUGUAUAAUGCAAUAAAUUAUGGCAACUAAUUCAGUUCAGUUCACUCAUUCAUAUACUGUAGGGCCAAAUCACAACAAAUGUCUUCUGAAAACACUUUAUAAGAAGGAGAAAACACACAAAAAAAUGUAUAAUUUUAAUUCAGUCACACAGACAAAUUGAUGUUUCUUUAGCUUAAUCCUAUUAAUAAAGCCACGCAGUUAAUUUCAUUUUCUCAUGGUAAAGGUCUUCCAUGCGGGAGCCAGUUAGAUUUAAGUUGUGAUCUAACAUCAGUUAUUGAUUGUAAUCUGAAGCAAGCAUGUGGUGAGAGUGGGAAUAAGCAACUCCCUUAAUCUCAGAAUCUCCUGUGGAACACAGGACAAUGUGAGCAUCCAAUAUCCACAACCAACUGGGAUGUGAGGAGACAGAGCAGGCACCUAUAGAACAAAGAAGCACCGUCCCACAUUGCCUUAUUAAUAAAACAGAGUGCAUGUGCAUAGUUAAUGGAAACAGUGGUUCUUUUUGUGGCUUCAACUAGAAAAGCAACACGUCCAAACAGAUGAACCAUGAACCACAAAUACUUUCCUAACAGGCAGUGACUUAGAUCAAAAACACACUUUCUAUUCUCCACACGUUGUACACUAUAUUUUUUGCCAUACCACCUCCUGUUUUCAUUUGAGAACUAAACAAAUGUCGACUUCUUAGAAAUAUCCCUUCCAAAGUACCAUGACAUCAGAAUUAAGCUGCAUGAAGUAGUUUCUUAUGAUGUGUCUGAAAUUGGAUUUGUUCUGAAGUAGGAUCAUGUCUUUUCUGUCAGAUCUCUCAGGACUAUCCUGUCUAGCUUUUUUAUGAACUGACAGCUUUUGUAAGAAAUAAAACAGAAAAAAGACAAAGAGGUGUCAAAGACUUGUUAGAUGACUAAAUCAAUAACAUUAUUGUUUUGGUCUAGUAGUAGUAGUGGGGCAAGCUAAGCCUUCUCCAUUCAAGACAUAACAAAUUAGCCCAAUCUAACAAUCAUAUAGAUUCAUCUUUUGACUCCCCUACUUAUAACACUUCUCAGUAGGUUUAAUGUCAGUUAAUGUUGCAGAUUACACUUUUAAGAGUGAAAUAGUGUACUUCUUUUGAUCUUAAUUAGUUGCAAUAAUUAGUACAAAAACAACUUUGAAAAUUUUAAGAAGACAUCUGUCCACUUUGCUCUUGGCGCCUCUUGAACCAGGUGUUACCUUUUGCAUGUCAGGAUAACUAAUUUUUCAACAGCAUAACAGUAAUAUUAAUGUUUUAAGAUUUUUAAUUAUUCUUUGAAAUUACAUUAUUUACGAUGCUAGGCUCACAGGGACAGGCUACCCAUGCUAUCAGUGUGUGUUACCUUAAAAUCACAUGCAGACGAAGGUGUUUGUUCAGUAUUGAUAUUAAAGAACGGAUCUGGUGUUAUUUAGACUAUCUGCUUAUCGUACAUACCUCCUCGUGUACACAGUUUGUAUUCAAAGGGAUAAAGACCUGCAAAGAUUUAUAGUAUAUUGCUUAAUUUCUCCAAUUAUGCUUUAACCAUUUGUAAAUCUGACUUCUGUAUUAAAUUGUACUUUAACAAUUGUUAUGAUAUAAGCCAUUUAAGCUAUAAUAAGCCUGAUUGUUUUAUGAUGUGUCAUGAUUUCUAUUGUGCCACUGUGUGGCUUGGGUUGGGGGGGUAAAUUAUGCUAGAUGUGUGUUUGUUAGUGUGUUAGAUUUGUGGAUUUUUAUCACUAGAAGUAGAUAAAAUCCUCGUUUUUCCCACUCUGACAUCCACAUAAACACGAACCUUUAAAGCUUUCUAACACAGAGACACAUGCUCACUCUCUGAAUGUAAAAAAAAAAAAGUUAUUCUUAACUUUUCUGUUCUAUGCAAUGUGUUCUGGUGCUCAAAUGUGAUGCAUCAUUAAAUGAAAGAAGCCAUGCAGGAUUUUAGCAUAUAACUCUGCAAAGAGAGAUGCAGGAAGGACUUUUAUAGUGAUAUUUUUCCUCUCAUACGGAGCAAACAUGGAGGAUGUUCAUCGUUGCAAGCUGUGUUGGCAUGUUUUUUGUUCCCUCUUGCUUUCUUAUUUGCUGACUUUCUUUCCCUUUUCUUAUGCCUCCUCUAUUUGAAGUUCAAGGUUAAUACAUUUUCAAUAAAGCUCUGCCAUUAUU